AUGGACCUAAACGUUCACAUUUCACUUCGGUGGUUUUGUCACUUCGACGACGACAAUUACGUCAAUGUUAAACGACUACUGGAAGUGCUUUCUGACUACAGUCCGCAGGAAGAAUGGUACCUCGGGAAGCCGAGUAUACGGACUCCUUUGGAAAUACUCAACCGCGAGCCUAAGCCCCACAACAAGCAAAAUAUUUCAUUUUGGUUUGCUACUGGAGGUGCUGGGUUCUGCCUGAGCCGUGCACUGGCGUUGAAAAUGAUGCCCAUUGCGAGUGGUGGAAGAUUCAUGGGGAUUGGUGAAAAAAUUAGACUACCAGAUGAUGUUACAAUGGGAUAUAUAAUAGAAUAUUUGUUAAAAAAGCCAUUGACAGUAGUUGACCAAUUUCAUUCUCACCUUGAACCUAUGAAAUUUAUACAUCAAGACACCUUUCAAGAACAAAUCACAUUCAGUUACUCAAAAUACAGCAAAGAUGAAAUGAAUGUAGUGAGGAUAGAUGGAUUUGAUACUAGGAUAGAUCCAACCAGGUAA